CGAAAAUCAAUGAACAGUAAAAAAUUCGGCGGAGGCCGGCCGCCGACCGGGACUCCAUCGCUCGGGUGGUCGAUCGUCGUCGUCGUCUUCUCCCUCCUCGGCGGCGCCUCUAUCAUCCACAACAUCUACAAACCCAAUCUCACUCUUCCUCCUGUCGAAACCGCAAAGGAACAGCAAGAUUAGGGGUUUGAUGGCAGGGUUAGGGUUUCAGAGGAAGAGUAUGCUCUCUUCUUCUCUUGUUUCUCUUGUUAUCUUCUCUCUUUCGCAGCUAUCGAUCGCUAUGGUGCCUAGGUUCUUGCCGUGGCUUUCUCUCUUAGGGAUGCUUCCCGUUUCAGGUUUGGUUUUGCUGGCAAGUUUAGGUUUUGGUAGAUUUUUUAGGCGGUUGCUGGGGGUUUCGCAGUCGGCUCCGGCGAUGGUUGUUUUCCAUUUACUGUUUCUGUGGGGAGUUUAUGUUGUCAUGAUUCGUGAAGCUGUUCCAUCGCUACUGGAUGCUACAAUCAAUGCGGAAUUUGGUUUGCUUCUGUUUGGCCUUUAUAGAAUUCUCUCUGGUGAUCCUGGAUUAGUUGCAAAUGACUCUUCUUCAGCAUUGCAUAGCCGUAAUGGUCUUCCUGAAUCCAAUAUCUAUGAGAACUCGUCAAUGUUCUCUAGGGUUAGGUAUUGCAAGAUUUGUAAAACCAGUGUGAGGGGAUUUGAUCACCAUUGCUCUGCUUUUGGAAAUUGCAUAGGUCAGAAGAAUCAGCGUCUCUUUAUGAUGCUUCUAGUUGGAUUUAUCAUUGCUGAGGCCUCCUAUAUAAUAUCUUCAACUCAAUAUAUUGCAAAAUCUCUGAGCACAGAUAAAAUAGGAUUUAAGAACGAUAUUCCUGGUAAUGUUGUCAUCAGCACGCUGCUUUUUGCAGUCCUACAGCUUUUAUGGCAGGUGGUAUUCCUGAUAUGGAAUAUAUAUUGCAUCUGUGCUAAUAUCAAAACUGAUGAAUGGAUUAACUGGAAGAAAUAUCCUGAGUUUCAACUAGUCGUCCAGUCUCAGCCAGGGAACUCUUCAGAAGUAAGGUUUUCGAAUCCAUAUGAUAAGGGUAUCAUUAGCAACAUCAAAGACUUUAUAAACCCCAUGGAAUAUAGCCUUCAUGUAAUCCAUGUGCUGUCUUGAAGCUGAGAUCCUUGAGCAUGUUAUAAUGAUCAGAUGUACAUUAUUAUCAACAUUAUUUAUUUAUUUAUUUAUUUUAAAAAAAUGAUCAUUGCUAAACAUUCAUUAUGAGUUCACACAGUGGUUUUAUUUAGAA